UUGUGUUACAGGCAUAAUUUCUACAGAUAAGUCUACUUUUACAAUUUUCCCAUAUACAGUCGUGAUUUUUAACUGUUUUACCUAAUUAGUUUUAUCUCCAUUCACCACCACAGCAUGCACAGCAGCGUGUCAUCAGCGGCCGGCGGCGCUUGUCUGCUCAUCAAAUGGCCGCACGCCACGGCUGACGAAUCUUAUCAGCGCAGCAUUAUUGUCUUCCAUCCUGCGAUAAAUGCGACUGCGAUAAGAGCUCUUUUCCGCGUAUUCCCUACGCUCUCCUAAAUGUUCUCUCCUGGAUGACAACGCUGCUGACUGCAUCAUGGCGAAAUCGACAAUGGUCGCAUACCUUUGCUGGCUGUUUGGUGGUCUGUUGGGACUGCAUCAUUUCUACUUGGGUCGGGAUCGUCAUGCCUUCACCUGGUUCGCCACUCUCGGAGGGGUCUUUGGAUUGGGAUGGCUGCGCGAAGUGACACGCUUGCCAGCGUACGUGGCGGAGGCCAAUCAGGGCCAGGAGUACGUGGAGAAGCGGACGAUCAAAAUGAAUCUGACCAAGAAGCCCCCGUAUAAUUCCACACGGAUGGCGGGGCAGCUCAUUAUGGGCACGCUCUUUGGCUACUUGGUUUCACUGGCCAUUCCCUCCGCGGAAGAGUAUCCCACGGUGCACCGCUGGUGCAUACUGCUCGUUCCGUUCGCCAUUGGACUGGGCGUUCAUCUGGUGGGAAAUAUCGGCAUGGAGCGAGGACGUUUGUUGUGGCCAGUUGUGGGUGCAUAUAUAGCCUCGCUGGCCUUCCUCUUCCAGCCGAAAUCCAUUGCGUGGGCCGCGGUCAGUUCGGCCUUCAUGUUCCAUUGGAAGUCCCGCGACUGGGUGCGCCAGCCCAAACGCAAACGUCAUGUGUGUAUCCGCUUAGCGACACUGGGCACCGCGGCCACCGUGUACUUAGCGCUUUGGGGAUCGUUCCUGUAUUUCAACGCCAGCUGGACCAAUCCGGAUGGGACGAGGACGUCGGUGCGGGACGCAGUGGACAACUUCUUCCACAGUAAGGCGUGGUUGGAUAUGAAGAAUUCCUUCGAGCAGCUCAGGGUCUAUGUUCAGCAUCAUGGCUGGCAGAAUGUCUUGUAUCAGUUGAUUGAAUUUAUGGAUGUCAACGGAGAUACACGAGCCUAUCAGAUUCUGGAAAUCCGACCGGAAUCGACAAUGCAGGAGGUCACAAACAAGUACCGGAAAUUAUCGCGCGAAUGGCAUCCCGAUAGACACCGGGAUCCAGAAAAGAAAGCCGUAGCUCAGAAACGCUUUAUUGAAAUAGCGCAAGCCUACGAAAAGAUCUCUGCUAAACGGGCAAAAGAAGGGAAGACGGCUAAGUCAACGAAAGCUUCCCAUUCCGAGCUUUAGUGCUGUGCUCCACGGCUCGUAUUAGCGGUGAUUUAUGCUGCAUGGAGAAUAAGUUUAGUCUCGAACGUGAUUUGUUUCUGGCACCACUGGACGGAGAAGUUUCGUAAUUUGUGAUAGUUUUUUGUACCCGGUAUUAAGGUAUAGUCAGGGUCACUACUGUAGUAUUUACUGACCUCCCUGUUGUUAUACGUAUAAAUUUGUGCUUGUUGUUAUCAUGUAUUUUUAUCUGCGCUGUGUUGAAAGGAUUGUUAUAGAGUUCCAUUAACUUGUGGAAGAAAAGAGAAUCUUCCAGUGCAA